AUGACUGCACCAACUAAAAGAAACAUUAAUGAAGGUAACGAAGGGAGUGAUAAUUUUUCACAGAGGCGCCAAAGAGAAUCGAAUCCCUGUCAUAAUAAUAGCAAUUUUACUAGAGAUAUGAAGUCAGAGCAGGAUAAUGAAAUCGAAGUUAUUGCUGGUAGCUCGGUGCAAGCAAAUCAUGUUGAAACAUCAUCAACACCUACUAAUACGGAAAGCAACUGGUCAGACGAAGUAGUUAAUUCCGAGGAUAGUCAAAGCAACCUCAAUGGCUCUCGAGUCAAUAAGCGCAAUGUCGAUUACUUCAGAUCGGAGAGUCAAAUGUCUUCAGAGGAAUUCGACAGAUAUCAGCAAUAUGCAAUAAAGCAGUGGUGCAAGAAAAUCGAUGCUAAGCCUAUAGAAGAUGUUCAAACACAACUACGAAGUAAAGAAGCAAAAAAUUUAUAUGAUGAUAAUGAAUCCAGCGACUCGAAUAGUGUACCGGACAAUGACCCUGUAAACAGCGAUGACGAAUAUUCGUCGGAUAGUUCUUUUGGUUCAGCAGAGUUAACAUAUAACUCAAAAAUAAUAUUCAAUCAAUGCGUCAGUGGGGAUCUUUUAUAUUGGACAAAUCCGGACGGUUCGGCUAACCCGUUGCCAAUUCCAGCUACUCUCCCCAUGCAAUUUAAAUAUGGUGAAGAUAUAGUAAUCGACGUCAUUAAUGAAGACAGCCUAACAUAUCCAGAAGAUAACAAAGUUACAACUUUCCUCAAAAAUCUCAUCAAGGCACCUAGUAAAACUUGGUUAAAAAAAUUCUCUAGCGAGUCAAAUUCAAUAUUCAAAAGUUAUAAUGGCUUAAAAUGGAAAACGAUUGAGAUCAUAUUCAGAAUAUUGUCAUCACAUAAAGUAUUUCGCCGAAAAGAAAUUCGAAAUUCAGAAGAGGUUGAUAAAAUAAUGCUCGCUUUUCAUCGUUGUUCGUGGUCCGGCAAGACUAUCGGUUAUUUACGGUCUUAUGUGAACAGUUUGGACCAAAUUUUGGAUCUUGUCAAUACCUUUGAAGCAAUAUGUAAAUACAAAACUUGCUAUGGUGCUCGCUUGCCUGUCAGUGAGAUCGAGCGGCAAUUCUAUAAUGUCACACGGGAUAUGGAGAAUGAUGAGAAGAUGUAUGAAAGAACCAAAAUACAAGGAAUAAUGCAAAGGAUUAGACUGUACCAACAAACCUCAGGAUCGUUGGAGCCUUACUACGCAAGAUCAAACAAUUCUCAACAAGUGAUUCCAGAGUGGGCCAAACAAAUACGUAAAAACAAAGAGUAUCUACCCUUGGUUCCAACUGUUGAUGAGCUUUUUAAAAGAUUUCAGAGUAAAAAUGAUUGGCCGGAUGUAGAAAACAUUAUAUGGUCUUCAGAAAUGAGCGACAUUUACAAAUACAUUCAUUACUGUGCAUUAAGACGACAAUAUUUAGAACCCUUGCAACGUGUAAUCUCAAACUGGGUGGAUGCUUUCUCUGUUAAGGAUCAUAGAUUUAAAAUGGGCAAUAUUAACGAUGUAUUUUUUAAAGAUGUCAGAUUUGACAAUGCAUAUAUACACAAAAGUGGACAACUAAUUAUAAGGCUAAGAUUACAUCCAAAUAAUGAAAUAGACUGGACUCGCGGAGAAAAUUUAUUACCAGGAUCAUUCGUCAUCCUCACGAGGGUCACAAAACUAAAGUAUCCUGAGCAAACUGGCUUUCCAGUCAACAAAAAAACUACAGUCUAUGGGACAAUAGUAGAGUUUGAUUUUAAAGGUAGAACUUUAUCUAAUAGUCCAUUAAUUGGACUUUGCUUAGAUCUAGAACAAUUAAUCAUCUUCGACCCAAGCGCUUCGUAUGUUAUGUUCGCAUCCAAAUAUUACUAUCCAAUCAUUAAAUCGAGCUUGGAAUGGAUGAAAGACGAAACGCCCAUUACGACUUUGAUUCCUUUGGGCGAAGAUAUUUUGAAGUGCUCUAAAGCAAGCUCUCCACCCAAUUAUUUAACUGAUACGAAAAUAAAUCUGCAUCAGAUUCUGAAAAAGGGCGUUAAAGUUCCAAAAGUCUCAGCCACUGGUAACUGGCCACCAUAUUCAGAUGCAAUGAAUUCUCCUUAUACAGUAGAUUUUACAGAAUGGAAUGCAUUAAAGCAUUUAUUUCUGAAUAAAAUUUCAGUCACUAUUACGCCUAUUGGGACUCCUCAAGAAGAAUUUGUCACCAAUUCCAUAGAGAUGAUAAGUCAAAUAAUCAAAGAUCGAUCUUUUCAUGAACCGAUAAUACUUAUUACUCAAAGCAUGCAAUCAUUAGAUCAAAUUCUUGACAAGGUAAUCGCGUUCAUCCCCGACUUGAUUAGAUGCGGACCAUCAGAUAAAUGUCUUGAGAGCUUAAGACAUCGUCAGAUCAACACCUUGAUGGAGCAAUAUUCUCCAAAGAAUGCCAAAUAUAGCAAAUCAUUUUUCUCUGUCAAGUCUCAGCUUAGGAAACUCGAAAUUGAUCUGGAAAAUUUACUAAAUGUACGAAUGAGACUUUCAGGAGACGAUGCUUUUGUCAAUAAUACUCCUGAGGACAUACGUAAGCAAUUACAAGUGGAAAAAAACAAUUUAUUGCGAGGAUGGCUUAAUGGAUAUGGACAAGAACAAUCAUUGACAGCUAAUAUUCAAGAUCCUUUGGACGAUCCUUUGGUAACUAAUAAAACGCCUAACAUCGAAGAGCGAAUAUUUCAUGGGAUGGCGUUUAUCAAUGAAGAAGAGCGCGAUAAUUUCAGGAUAUGGACGCGGAGUGAUCAAAAUUUUUCACAUUCUAUUCCACCAUCUCUCAUAAGGAAAAUCCCGCUAAUAUGGGAAGAGAAUCUGCCAGCAUCGAAAAACAUUUGGGAUCUGUCGAAAGAAUUAAGGCAGAAUAUAUACCAAAAAUAUGAAGAAGAGUUUGCCGGUUAUUUGAGUAGUGAAAUAAAAAAAAUACUCAGAGAGAUUGCAAGCUUACAAAAAAAUAUUGAAGAAAUCAAUAUCUCUCGUUGGCUUGGAACUUGUAGAUAUUCGUCUCUGAUUGGAAUGACAGUAGCAUAUGCAUCAAAGCACCAUAAUCUCCUUAAAGAACUUCAGCCACGAGUAAUAAUUGUUAACGAAGCUUCAGAAAUACCAGAAGCCACAUUAAUGCCUUGCAUUUCGUCAUCCAAUUUACAGCAUCUUGUUCUUGUUGGAGACUAUUUUUGUCACAAAUCCGAAUUAAGAACUAUAACAGAAAAAAACAAUAUUUCCUUAUUAGAAAGAUGGAUUUUGCGUGGGGCUCCACACCAAAUUAUUUCGAGACAAUCAAAAAUUCAUCCCGACAUCUAUAGUAUUGUACGCGACCUGUACAAAUUUUCAAGCCCACUUAAUUUUCAAUUGACAAUCGAGGAUAUUCCUGAGAUACAACAAGAACUUACUCACGUACCUGGAAUGAAUUCUAACGUACACUUUCUCACUCAUGACGAAUUCGACAAAACUAGUGAAUCACUGAACAUGACCAAUACUUAUGAAGCCGAAUUUGUCGCUCGUUUUUUGUUGCACUUAUCUUAUCAAGAAAUUAACCUUUGUGAUGAUGUUACAAUAUUGACACCAUACACAGCACAAAAGCAGUUAAUAUGGCGUAAAUUAGAUCCGUCACUAAAGGAAGAUUUCGAAUAUGGUGACUUGAAACUUGGAAAAGCUAAAGUAUUCACAAUUGAUGAGUUUGAGGAGAGUCAAGCACGGAUUGUUAUAGUUUCACUUGCUACACCUUCUCCCGAAUUCAGAAAGGAAUGGACAAAUUUCUUAAGUGUGGGUUCACGCGUAAAACGUAUCAUAUCUUCUGCUAAAAACGGUUUGUAUAUUUUCGGUAACGGUAACGCAUUAAUGGAAAGUAAGCUUUGGAAGAUUGUUAUUCAAAGCCUCCAAACUAAAGGAAACUACGGCAAAUUUCUGCGCACUACUUGUACACGCCAUCCAACCGACUCGUCAGAAAUUAUGUCAGCUAAAGAUUUUGACAAAUAUGUGCCAGAUGGCGGUUGCCUUAUGCCUUGCCCAUAUGUACUUGCGUGUGGGCAUUCAAAUUGUCCGCUUAAAUGUCACCCCCUUCACCACGCAAUGGAAUAUCGCCAAAAGUAUAUAUGCAAAGAACAAUGCGAACGAGAUCGGCCAGAUGGUUGCAAUCAUAAAUGUCCGCGCAAAUGUUACUUAUGCAAAGAAUACCGGGAAUGCCCACCUUGUAGAGCUCUAGUUAGUUUAAAAUUACCUUGUGGGCAUGUCAAGGAUAUGCCAUGUGGAGAGCAACCAGAAAAUAUUGAACAAAUAAUAUGCAAUGUAAAAGUAGAUAUCACUAGAAGAUGUGGACACACCGCGUCGACACUAUGUCACAUAAAAACUCACGGUGAUCCGGAACUGGGAUUGUUUCCAUGUCAGGAAAUAUUAAAAUAUAAAGUCCCAACAUGCGGCCAUGAGUUUGAAACAUUUUGUUCUCAAUUUAAUGAAGAUGGAAGCCAUAAUUGCAUCUAUAUGUGUGAUGUAAAAUUGCCUUGUGGUCACAGUUGCGACAAAAUGUGUGGAACGGAACACACACAUAACCGUGAAGAUUGCUCUUUUUCAUGUCCUAAAAGGUUAAUAUGCGGACACAAUUGUACCAAUGGAUGCAAGAACCCCGAAGAACAUACGACAGAGUGCCAAGAACCCUGUCGAAAAAUCUGUUCACAUCAAAAACUCUGUUACCGUAAAUGCUACGAAGAAUGCGUCUUUUGUCGUUCACCUUGUCAAUGGCGAUGCGAGCAUAUUCAAUGCACUAAAAGAUGUGACGAUGUAUGUGAUCGGCCUCCAUGUAAUGAACCAUGCACGAAAGAACUUUCUUGCGGACAUCCUUGCAAAGGAUUAUGCGGAGAGCAAUGUCCUCCUUGCAUUCAAUGUAACCCUGAUUUAGUAUGUUCGAUUACUUUAACUUACCUAAGUGAUCUUGACGAAGAUGAUAAAAUAUAUCAAAUUCCAGAUUGCGGAUGUGAAGCAUUAGAUUCUUAUUUCAAAAACGAUGCCACAAAUAGUAAGACACCAAGAUACUAUCCGUAUAUUAAACGACAACUUAACUUGUGGAAUAAAGUAAAAAUUGAACUGAUUAAAAAGAGAAAGAAAGAACGAGAAGCAGCAAUACAGGCUCUUCGUGAAAAACAAGAAAUACAACGAGCAAUGGACGCAGAAACUAGGCAAGAAGCUCCAUGGAGUCUUGUAGGUGGUCGAUGGUUUGCCUGCCCAAAUGGUCACCCAUAUUACAUUGGCAGCUGCGGCGGUGCAAUGGAAAUCUCGACAUGUCCCGAGUGCAAAGCACAAAUUGGUGGUACCAAACAUAAAAUUGUAAAAGGGAAUCGAUUCUUUGGAGAAUUUGAUGGAAAAGCUGAUCCUGCUUGGCCACAGCAAGAACAAGAUAACAAUGAGGACAAUGACGAUGACGAAUAA